AUGGAAGUACAAAGUUCUAUCAAUCAUCAUAUCGCCAUAAAAACUACACGCUUUUUUAUGCGAAUGAUGGGGAUGUGGUAUGUUGAAACACGUGGUGAUAAAAUUCGUGCUAAUAUCAGUCUCACUCUUGUCAUUCUCCUAAUGACAACUGUUUUAAUUGCGCAAUCUAUGGAUUUUUAUUAUCGUCUAUCUGAUUUCGAAGAACUGACAACAGCAAUGCCCGCUAUUGCAGUUGGUCUAUCAGAGUGCUUCAAGUUCUGUCUUUCUUUGUACCAACGUGAAAGAAUCAUCAAUUUAAAUAUUUACACUGAAAUCAAUUUCUGGAAAGUUAAAUACAAUACUCACGAUUUGGCAAUUUUAAAUGAUUGCAAUCGAAAAAUAAUUUCUUUAUAUCCAUUAUAUAUUAUAAUAUUAUACGUUGUACCUAUUCAGUACAUGACAAUGCCAUUAAAAGAAUAUUUUCUUUCAAAUGGGACUAUCAGAACGCUACCAUUUACAUUAUACUUUGGUGUAGAAUGGUCAAAAACUCCUGUUUAUCAAAUAGCUUAUGUUGAAGAGAUUUUAGCAGCGUAUGGAGUAUCAUUGUGUGCUAUGACAAGUGCCAGUUUCCUUUUCACCAUAAAUAUUUACGCUGCAGGUCAAUUUAAAAUACUCCAAGAUCAAUUCAGUUCAUUAUGUGAAUAUUCAUAUUUCAAUAAUCCAUCAAUGGUAGAUUUUAAAUUAAACAAAUGUAUCCGAAAACAUCAAAUUUUGUUGGAUUACGUUGGAGAAAUAGAAAAUCUUUAUAAUAAAGUUAUAUUAUGUCAAGCUAUGGGUACAGUGAUAUCAUUAUGUUUCAGUGGUUUUGGAGUAGUAAUGAAUUUUCGAAAAAGUAUGCAACGAACUAUUUUAAAUAUUCAAUUUGUAGUUGGUAGUAUUAUUCAAUUACUACUUUUUAGUUUAUCAUGUCAUACUAUUAUAGAGGAAAGCGAUGCAAUAGGUAAAGCAACGUAUGAUGCUCUCUGGUAUAAUAUUUCGAAUAGUUCGAAAAAAAAUGGUAUCUGUAGAUCACUCCAAAUUAUUAUGAUUCGAACUACUAGACCUUGUGUAAUAACAGUUGGGAAGUUCUCUCCGAUGUCAUUGAACACAUUUGCUGGGGUAUUGAAGACUGCAAUGUCUUACUUUACUGUUCUUCAAACGGUCAAUGAUAGUGAAUAG